AUGCUGACAAGAAAGGCUACCAUCUUCGUCGGCUUCGCCGUGGCCACCCUCCUUUUACUUUUGUAUACGUCGAGGAGAGUUGAGUUCUGGUCGGAUCUGGACGGAGCCUACUAUCGCCCUGACCCCCACAAGAGCCACCACGCGCCAGAAGCGAGCUGUCACGAUGGCCAUUGUGGCCCCGAUCAUAAAGAACGGCCAGGGCCACCGCCCGUGUCCCCGGGGAACCCACGCCCGAGACCCCCGGAUCCGAUGUGUGAAGGAUUUCCGGAUACGAGCAAAGUCCUGCUGGUCAUGAAGACGGGCGCGUCCGAAGCCUUCGCUCGGGUGCCCACGCAGCUAAUGACCAUGCUCAAGUGUUUGCCUGACUUUCUCAUCUUCAGCGAUUUGGACCAGAAUAUUGCCGGCCAGGAGAUCCACGACAGUCUCUCGACUGUCUUGUUUGAGGCGCAGGAGGGUAACUCGGACUUUGACUUGUACCGGCGUCAGAAAUGGUGUCUCGUCGACCAGGACAACUGCAACAAGCGGGGAAACCCUUCCACCGAAGGCUGGAACCUCGACAAGUACAAGAACGUCCACAUCGCCGAGAAAGCGUACGCCAUGCGUCCUGGCUAUGACUGGUAUCUGUUCGUCGAUGCCGACACGUAUGUCCUCUGGCCGAACUUGAUGCAGUGGCUGAAGGAGCUGGACCCGACCAAGAAGCUCUACCUGGGAAGUGUCACCCUGAUCAAUGACUUCACUUUCGGUCAUGGCGGUUCGGGCUAUCUUGUCAGCAAAGCCACCAUGGAAGACUUUGUAGGCAAACAUCCAGGCGUCGCAAACGAGUACGAUAUGCGUGCAAAGAAUGAGUGCUGCGGGGAUUACAUCUUUGCUUUGGCAUUAAAGGCCAAGACUGAUGUGGGCGUCCAAAACAUGUGGCCGACGAUCAACGGCGAGAAGCCCGCGACGCUUCCGUUCGGACCCUCCCACUGGUGCCACCCCAUUGUCACCAUGCACCACAUGAACAGCGAAGAGAUCAACGCCUUUUGGCAUUUCGAGCGCAAGAAGAUGCUUGGUCAGCCCAAGUCCGGCAAGUCACGACCGAUGGUCCUAAGAGAUAUCUUUGAGGAGUUCCUCGAGCCGCACCUCAACGCAACACGCGAGGACUGGGACAACCACUCCGAGAACCGCUAUUAUCUCGAUCCCAACCGGAAAUGGGAAGAUUGGCAAAUGGACCGCAUGAAGAAGAACAAGGACCAGUACAACGAGCAGGAGAAGAAGGCGCACGAGUCGUUCGAGGCCUGUGGCGCGGCGUGCAAGAGUGUUGGGAACGAGUGCUUCCAGUACAGGUAUAAAGAUGGCGCUUGCUCUUUUGGCGAUUCUUUUCUGCUCGGCAAUCCGGUCAAAAAGGAGAGUAAGGAGAAGCAGCGAACCAUGAGCGGGUGGGACAUUGAGAAGAUUCGCACCUGGAUCCAGAAGCAGGCCCCUUGCGACAAGGUCAAAUGGCCCCAGGUCAAAGUCACAUGA